UUCCAUACGUGUGCGAGUAAAAUAAUUUUGGUUUAAAACCUGAUACCUGUUUAUCAAAUAAAAUUUUUUCAUGGUCAACGACAAAUAUAAGCAUCAACGUCUCGCAAUAGCUUGAUGCAGUUUUCAUAUUCUCUCAAAGAAGCAGGUUCCAGUCUCUCCGCCAUUUCUUCAAUAGUGAAGUUUUUAAUAACAGACAGUGUCUUAUAAUUGGAUAAUUCAAUUGGAUAAUCGAUUGGAGAGAUGAAGAAAUUUCUCCUGGUUUUUGUUUACAUUCUUUCCGUUGCCGUAAUCGUUCGAGCAAAUGGGAUAAACGAGAUUUUGAAAAUUAUCCCCAUUUCAAUGAAAGAUAUACGUUACUGCGUAAUACACAUGGGUUUGAGCAUUAAGGACUUUAUGAAGAUGCAGGAACUUUUGCACGACGAAGAUAUAUCGGAAGAAAAUAUAAAGAAAUAUUUGACGAAUUACAGUUGUUUCAUUACCUGCACAUUGGAGAAAUCUCGUAUCAUACAAAAUGACGAAAUUCAAUUGGACAAGCUGGUAGAAAUGGCGAAUAACAAUAAUAUAUCCUUAGACGAGAAAAAAUUAAGCGAAUGCAUCGAUGAAGCGAACAAAGGUACGGACAAAUGCGAGAGUGGAUUAAACUUUCUGAUUUGUUUUUCAAAAUUCUUAAGCGAGAUAAAAAGCACGAAUUGAAGAUAGAAUAGAAUUCAAAGCACAGAGGCUACGUAUGUAAAUUAUCAAUUUGAAUAAAAUUUGAAUUUAAA